GGAGAGGAAAGCCAUGGUCCUUGGCGAGCAACGAGCCCAGGUAACAGAAAGGAAAAUUCGAGGGUGGUUUGACCACACAAAGAAAGUCCUCCUCGACGAUGGCAUCAAUGUGGAAGAAAUUCCACCAGAAAACAUCUUCAAUUUUAAUGAAACAGGCUUUCCAUUCUUCAUUGGGGGGUGUACGAUCAUUUCGGACAUUCAGUCCAAGCACCCAUACCAGCAUGGUUCAGACUCCAAGAAACAGGUCACCGUGCUGGGAUGCAUCUCUGCUUCUGGGAAAGUCCUAAAGCCCACCAUCAUCUUCCCAGGGGCAAGGUGGAACUGGCAUCCAUGGGAGGAGUUUGAUGUAGACUACGCGCUGACACCCAACGGCUGGAUAAACAGCAGCACAUUUAUGAAAUGGCUGCAGUACACUUUUUUUCCUGCAGUAGACCACCUCCAGCGACCCGUGGUACUAUUCAUCGAUGGACAUUCAAGUCACAUCAGCAGAGAUGUCUAUAAUUUUUGCCAGACACACCAUAUUACUAUCUAUGUCUUGCCAUCCCACUCAUCCCACAUCAUCCAGCCUCUGGAUCUGGUCUUUUAUGGGUCCCUGAAACAGGAGUGGAAACUCGCCGUGAGGGACUACAAAGCCAUUUCCAGAUUUGCACAAGUCACUAAGCAAACAUUUACAACUGUGUUCGCUGAUGCCUGGAAGAGAGCGUACAGUCCAGAAAAAGUAGUGAAUGCAUUCAGGACAUCGGGCUUGUGUCCAUGGAAUCCCGAUGCACCCGACUAUAGCAAAUGCGAAGCAAGUGCUCUUUACGCAAGUGAAACGAUGCCAUCUGCUGACACCAUCAUUGAGGCCACCAGCCAAGAAGACCCUGAUCGAGUUUGCUCACCCCCUGUCACUCCAUCAUCGCCAGAUCUCGGAACAGAUGCUCUACCCCCUGCCGCUCCAUCAUCGCCAGAUCUUGGAACAGAUGUUCUACCCCCUGCCGCUCCAUCAUCGCCAGAUCUUGGAACAGAUGUUCUACCCCCUGCCGCUCCAUCAUCGCCAGAUCUAGGAACAGAUGUUCUACCCCCUGCCACUCCAUCAUCGCCAGAUCUAGGAACAGAUGUUCUACCCCCUGCCGCUCCAUCAUCGCCAGAUCUAGGAACAGAUGUUCUACCCCCUGCCGCUCCAUCAUCGCCAGAUCUAGGAACAGAUGUUCUACCCCCUGCCACUCCAUCAUCGCCAGAUCUAGGAACAGAUGUUCUAUCCCCUGCCACUCCAUCAUCGCCAGAUCUAGGAACAGAUGUUCUACGCCCUGCCGCUCCAUCAUCGCCAGAUCUAGGAACAGAUGUUCUACGCCCUGCUGCUCCAUCAUCGCCAAAUCUUGGAACAGAUGUACUCCUACCCCCUGCAACUCCUUCAUCAUCACAUGUUGGAACAGAUGUUCUCCUACCCCCUGCAACUCCUUCAUCAGCAGGUGUUAGCACAGAAGUUUCCGCCUCAACAGCCGGAUCGUCAGUGACACCAACUCGACCAGCAAGCAUCAGGGAUGAGUCAAAUGUUGCAUUCCACCUCUAUCCCAACUCAUUGACCAUAUCCUCGCUAGCGGCUGGACAUCUGUGGAUAUGUCCAAUAUCCGUCGCCGCCAAUUUGCAAAUAUUUCAGCUACAGCGUCUGAGCCGGAGUACGGCAGAUACCUAGAGCUAUGGAACAAAGUCGUCCCUCCGUGCACUUUCGACAACCUCCCCAUACCCACUUCCUCUCAACGGAAGUCCACGAAAGCCCCACGUAUUCAGCCCCCUUCGUAUGUCUCGCACAUAUCGUUCAAAGAGUUUUACGACAAGAAAGAAAAGGAUGAGGCUGCAAAGAAGAAGGCGCAGGAGGAGAGAAAAGCAGA